AUGCCUGGUAUCGGCGACGACCAAGGCCACGCUGCUCCCGGUCGCCUUCUUCUCCUCUCCAACCGGCUUCCCAUCACCAUCAAGCCCGACGACAAUGGCGGCUACAACUUCUCCAUGUCCUCGGGCGGCCUCGUCACCGGUCUCAGCGGCCUCGGCAAGACGACGAGCUUCCAGUGGUACGGCUGGCCGGGCCUCGAGGUCCCCGACAGCGAGGUCAACGACAUGACCAAGCGCCUCCGGGAAGAGUACGGCGCCCACCCAGUCUUCAUCGACGAUGAGCUCGCCGACAGGCAUUACAACGGGUUUUCAAACUCGAUUCUCUGGCCCCUCUUCCACUAUCACCCCGGCGAAAUCACCUUCGACGAGCAGGCCUGGGCCGCCUACCAGGAAGUGAAUCGACUCUUCGCAAAGGCCGUCGUCAAGGAUGUCCAGGAUGGCGACCUCAUCUGGGUCCACGACUACCACCUCAUGCUCCUCCCCCAAAUGCUGCGCGAGGAGAUUGCCGACACCAAGAAGCACGUCAAGAUCGGCUUCUUUCUCCACACCCCCUUCCCCAGCAGCGAAAUCUACCGCAUCCUGCCUGUCCGGGAACAGCUCCUCACCGGCCUGCUCGAUUGCGACCUCAUUGGUUUUCACACCUACGACUAUGCGAGGCACUUCCUCAGCAGCUGCUCCCGCAUCCUAGGCUGCUCCACCACACCCAACGGCGUCGACUGGAACGACCGGUUCGUCACCGUCGGCGCAUUCCCCAUCGGCAUCGACCCGGACAACUUCAUCCAAGGUCUCAAGAAGCCCAAGGUCCAGGAGCGCAUCGCCGCCCUCCGGCGAAAGUUUGAGGGCGUCAAGCUCAUGGUCGGCGUCGACCGCCUCGACUACAUCAAGGGCGUCCCCCAGAAGCUGCACGCCCUCGAAGUUUUCCUCACCGAACAUCCCGAGUGGAUCGGCAAAAUCGUCCUCGCCCAGGUCGCCGUUCCCUCCCGCCAAGACGUCGAGGAGUACCAGAACCUCCGCGCCGUCGUCAACGAGCUCGUCGGCCGCAUCAACGGCAAGUUCGGCACCAUCGAGUUCAUGCCCAUCCACUUUCUUCACCAGUCGGUUUCCUUCGACGAGCUCACCGCACUCUACGCCGUCUCCGACGUCUGCCUCGUCUCCUCCACCCGCGACGGCAUGAACCUCGUCUCGUACGAGUACAUCGCCACCCAGCGCGAAAACCACGGCGUCAUGAUUCUCAGCGAGUUCACCGGCGCCGCUCAGUCCCUGAACGGCAGCCUCGUUGUCAACCCCUGGAACACUGAGGAGCUGGCCAACGCCAUCCACGACGCCGUCACCAUGAGUCCCGAGCAGCGUGCCGCCAACUACACGAAGCUCGAGCGCUACGUUUUCCGUUACACCAGCGCCUGGUGGGGCGCCAGCUUUGUCGCCGAGAUGACCCGCCUGGGCGUCGAGAGCACACAGCCCAAGACGCUGCGCAACGUCUCCGGCGCCGUCGUCGGUAUCGGCCAGAAGGCGCAGCCGGACGCGGAAAAAAAGCUAGACAGUGACGGGCGUGGGCCGGCCAAGUAA